AUGGACAACCUAGAUUCUCCAUCCAUGGACAACCUAGAUAUUCCAUCCAUGGACAACCUAGAUACUCUAGACAUGAAACACCUAGAUACUCCAUCCAUGGACAACCUAGAUACUCCAUCCAUGGACAGCCUAGAUACUCCAUCCAUGGACAACCUAGAUACUCCAUCCAUGGACAACCUAGAUACUCCAUCCAUGGACAACCUAGAUACUCCAUUCAUAGACAACCUAGAUACUCCAUUCAUGGACAACCUAGAUACUCCAGACAUGAAACACCUAGAUACUCCAUUCAUGGACAACCUAGAUACUCCAGACAUGAAACAUCUAGAUACUCCAUCCAUGGACAGCCUAGAUACUCCAUCCAUGGACAACCUAGAUACUCCAUCCAUGGACAGCCUAGAUACUCCAUUCAUGGACAACCUAGAUACUCCAGAAAUGAAACAUCUAGAUACUCCAUCCAUGGACAAUCUAGAUACUCCAUCCAUGGACAAUGUAGAUAUUCCAUCCAUGGACAACCUAGAUACUCCAUUCGUGGACAUCCUAGAUACUCCAUCCAUAGACAACCUAGAUACUCCAUCCACAGACAACCUAGAUACUCCAUCCACAGACAACCUAGAUACUCCAUUCACGGACAACCUAGAUACUCCAUCCAUGGACAACCUAGAUACUCCAUUCGUGGACAUCCUAGAUACUCCAUCCAUAGACAACCUAGAUACUCCAUCCACAGACAACCUAGAUACUCCAUCCAUAGACAACCUAGAUACUCCAUCCACAGACAACCUAGAUACUCCAUCCACAGACAACCUAGAUACUCCAUUCACGGACAACCUAGAUACUCCAUCCAUGGACAACCUAGAUAUUCCAAUCCAUAGAUAA